AUCCUCUUUACAUUAGCUUCGGAGUGGGUCGUUGGGGCCCGCCCCGUUAGAGAAAACUGUCAUCAGCACCAGAAAACAGCUGGAGAGGAGACCACCGCUGGUUGUGUACAUUACCGGCCGCGGGCGUGUUGGUUUGCUACAGGGUUAGCGCGUGGUGUGAUGCUCGGAGCGGUGCAGGUGAGCGGUGUUAGUCCCGAGGCCUUUAACCCCUAGGAGCAGUAGGCGGGAGGUGCUCCUGAGGCAGUUAACCCCUCCGUAACCAUGCGCUCCCGGCCCAUCAGAUAAAACCAAACACUGUUCUCGACUCUCGUUUUGUACAAACGCCGAUUUUUUUUAUAUACACAUUAGGAUAAAAUUAUUGAAAACAACAAUCAAGAGUAGUCGUGAGUGUUUAAAUAUAAAGUUGUAUUGAUUGACCUCAUAUGGCCCGCCUCGGUUGCUAGGAAACAGUCCACAACAGGAAGCUCCUCCAGCUACGGUUUCAUUGGCAAACUAAACAAACGUCUCAGAACCGGCCGAGGGUCUCAGGAUGCCGAAGAAGGGCUCCAAGAAGGACGGUGGGGGGAAGGGGUCCGGGAUGACGGAGGAGGAGAGGGUCGUCUUCCUGCAGCAGAGGGCCGAGGCAGAGAAGGACAACGCCAAGAGGAAGGAAGAGAUGCUCACUCAGUUCCUCAAGGACAAGCUGCAGAAGGAGGAGAAGAACACGGCGGUCAACCUGCACAAGCUCACCCAGCAGUGGCGGGUCGUCCUCCGCCGGGCCCGGGGGGCGGAGCUGUGCCGGGAAGUGGACAUCGUCAGCCAGACCUUCGAGAGGGUGCUGGACCGCAGAGACAGCGUCGUCAAGUGCCUGGUGGGGGACCUGAGCGAGGCGGAGCAGCAGUUUGGUCUGGCCCUGCGCUCCCAGCUGCACUACGUGGACCGCUUGCUGGCGCUUCAGACGGGGAGGCUGGCCUUCUUCCAGCAGCGCUGGGACGGGGACCUCCAGGAGCUGGGCACGGAGUUCAGCGCGGAGCGGGAGCUGAUCUACUCCCUGCAUCGGCGCGACUGCACCUAUCUGGAGGACGUGAGCGCGGCCAUGGAGCUCCACCGCAGCGAGGCCGACGACCUGGGCCGGCUCGACUACCAGAGCACCAGGGACGAGAUCAAGACCAAGUACAUCAGUGAGAAGCACGCGCUGGUGGUGCAGAUGGACCAGGUGAUGCGGCAGGUCCGUCAGGGCAUGGGCGUCACCGAGGAUCAGCGCACCGCCCUGAACAACCUCCUGCUGAGCGACCAGCGACGCGCCCAGGAGAUAGACGUGCAGAUGAAGAGGCUGCAGAAGAUGCAGGAGUCGAUCGCCGCCCUCCGGAGGCCCGACCCCGGCCAGAAGGAGCGCGAGGCGGUGGCCCGGGACCUGAGGGCCACCAAGGAGGCGGUGACCCAGCAGACCCGCGAGCUCAAGGCCCGGCUGGGCCACGCCCGCCUGCUGGACAGGAAGCGGCUCACCGCCCUCAGCGUUCAGAGCAGCGCCGCCGCCAAGCAGCUCCAGGGCCUCGUCACCAAGGGAGGGAAGAGCUUGCGUCGGGCCGAGAUGUGCCGGCGGUUUGAAUCGGAGCACGAGAAGGUUCUGCCGUUCUACGCCUCGUCCUUAACGCCCGAGGAACAGAGCCGGGAGGAGCAGCGGGCGAUGGAGCCGCCCUCCGAGGAGCUCGCACGGGCCCUGAUGGACUACUCGGACCUGGCCCGCUUCUGGCAGCGCUACAACAAGGUCCUGCUGGAGCGCCUGGUCCUGGAGAAGGAGAAGGAGGUCCUGACGCAGGAGAACCGGCAGCUGCAGGGCCUCCUGCGGCAGUACAUGGACGGCAUCUCCGUCAGCGACGAGACCCUCCGGCGGCAGAACCCCCUGCUCAUGGUGUCGCGGCCCACCCUGGCCCCGCCCCCCGGCACCGAGCGACGGCCCCCCCGGCACACGGCCGUGGAGGCGGUGCACGUGAUUCAGAACGCGCGCUGAUGCCGUGAGAGGCUGUGGGGGAAGAAGCGGGUUCACGGCUGGUGGAUGUUGUUGUGUGUAGCGUGUGGUCUGUUCUCCGGCUGAUAAAGAGGGUCUGUGCCCAGUGGGAUUAUAAAUAAAGCAACAAAA